AAGGGAGUUGAAGUUUGCCGUGAGGUAUUCUGUUUCGCAUACAACAUCGGAAAGGAGAAACUAAAAAGAAUUGGUCGCUCUCUUGACAAUGAUGGAUUGAUUGCUAGGACUCAUGGUAAUACCAAAAGACUACCUCAUAAUGCAAUCACAUUUGAGGAGAGAACACAUAAGAAAAUUCCUCAUCUGCUAUGCAUCUGACAAUGCAAUGCCCGUUCCCGGAAGACUUCCAAACCACCGCAAUAGUAAAGUGUUGUUGUUGCCAUCUGAUAAAUCACAAGCAGACAUUCAUGUUGAAUAUGAAAAAAAUAGAGGGUGCUAGAAGCUAUGGCAUGAGUUGUGCCCACAUAUAGUCUUAGCUAAACCAAAAACAGACUUGUGUUUUAGAUGCCAAACCUUUUCUUUUAAUAUGUCACAAAGUGGUGCCCUUUCUGAAGAUGAUAAAAUGACACUUUUUGAUGAAUAUGAAAGUCAUGUUGAAAGUGCUAGACAUCAGAGGGAGCAAUAUAGAAUGCAGUGUGAUUACUCUAAAGUUACAUGUAGUGAAAACAUGAAGUUGAAGGUGUGCUUUGGUUAAUAAAUUUCUAUGCGCUAUAGUUUUAGCUGUCUUAUGUCAUGCUUCAAUAUUUUCUAGUCUAAAAAUUAAAAUAUAUGUUAAAUUCUAUUUAUAUUUUAGGUUCAGAGUCAUGUUCCUUAGAUGCAACCGUCCACUACAGCUGGGACUUUGCACAGCAGGUUCAUAUUCCACACCAUAGCCAACAGGUUGGACCCCUGUAUUUCAAAACUGCCGGAGGAGAUGUGAGGUAUUUGGAGUUUGCUGUGAAGGAUCUGAGAAACAGGUGUUUUGCCUGGGUGAGGCACAUGCUCAGUUCCACUUUGACAAUUGCCAAGGACAACAAAAAUAAUGCCGUUCUUGGUUAUGCUGUGUGGAGAACAUUGACAGGAGGGCAUAAGACAAUCCAAUACUCACUGAUGCUAGCCGGCCACACCAAAUUUUCAUGCGACUGGCAUUUUGGAGUUUGGAAAAACAGAAUGAGAUACAUGGAUGCAGAGACAGUUGAGGAGGUGGCUUCCACAGAAGCCAUGUCAUCCCGUAAUGGCCACAACAUUCCACAUAUUGUUGAUGGCAACAGCAAACAAGUGUCGUUCUAUGACUGGAGCACCUUCUUCAAAGGCAUUUUCAAACCAUUGAAGAACAUUUCGAAAUACCAUUCAUUUGAGGUGUCUUCUAACGAGCCUGGGGUUUUAAGAGUAAGGAAGUUUGUUGAUGCCCCUGGGGAGAAAAUUAACAUACUGAAAAACUGCCAAGUGGAUAUUGGUGUUCUGCCAGAGCAGAUCUUUGGUGAGGGAAUAAGUGCAGAAAGGCAAUGGUACUUGCAUGAUGUAAAAAGAGACUUUUGCGGAUCAGAUAAUGCAAAAAACACAACAUACCCAUUGCCAUUAGUUGCAAAAGAAGGCUAUUCAAAGGCCAAAAAACAAAAGUUGAAAUAGGCAACUUUAUUGAGAACACUUUCUGUGUGUGUUUCAGCAAAAGUUAUAGUUUGUUUCUUGCUAUAAAUAUAUUGGCAUGUGUAAGUGGAAGUUUUAUGUUUUCAUUUACAUUCAAAGAAUAUAUUUCUUUGUGUUACAUUGAUAAAAUAUUCAUGAUCUUAGGAAUGUAUGGUUUCCUUGGCAACCAAAAGUAACACACUUGAUUGACCAUUAAAUACUUAUGUAUAAACAUGUAUUUCAAUUAUGGGAAUAUCAUUGAACAGUCGGCCAUCUAUAAGUAAAGUAUGAUGGCAUUCAUAUUUUCCAUACACGACUCCAGUAUAAUGUGAAAGUGUACAUUUAUAAGUCUAUAUGUUAAUAGUUAUACAUUAAUAUAGUUUCAAUAAUCCUUGCAUGCAUAUGUUUGUUGUCAAUUUUGUCAAAUAAGGCAUGUGUCAAUGCUUUCCUUGUAAAUACAUUUCAUUCUGUGUCAUCUUACAACUCCAAAAGAAUGAAAUGAGCAAAAAAAAAGAAUUAUUCUAGGUAUAAGUCAGUUGCUAUGGCAACCAAGUAUAACAUUCUUAUUGAUUUUUAAAAUAAUUGAUUUCACCAGACAAGUUACAUCUUUUAAAUAAUUGCUUGUUUUAAAAUAAUAUGUUUUUUGUUUUGAUUAAUACAAGGAUAAGCUGCACUACUUUUGAACAAUUAACCUUGUUUUAGAAAAGUUGCAGAUUUUCUUUACAGGGUCUAUGUAAAAUUGCUGUUAACAUUCUAUUUUACUACAUAGCUGGCUGAAAUUUUAAUGCUGUACUAAAAUAUUUCCUGCAAACAUAAUCUAUCAAAUUCAAAUGUGAUUUUGUCUAUUUGAGCUGCUUUUGCGUUUAUUUGGAUAAAUUUCUCGUGAAAAAAUUGUAGUCAUGGCAACCGUUUCUAUGAAAUGUACAUGUAGUGUUACAUUUUCCAUAAAUGAUGUUAUUGAUGUUAUGAUAAUGUUUCCACAGAAAUAAAAAAUGCUGGAUUCAAUUUUAAUGGAAUACAGACUCUUAAAAUCAAGGACGUUGUAUUUACUUAUGUUUCCAUUUCCUUCAUUUUUUUCGCCAUUUUAUAACAAAUAGUGGUAUUGCGAAAUUUGUCCUCAAUCCGUCAAUUUUAAAGAUAUCAGCUUUAAACUUCAGGACUUUAUUUCUGAAACAUAGCACAUUCAGAAAAUGUAAAAACCUGAAAAUGUCAUUUUUCCUCAUUAGGACCCAUUUUCGCAG